AUGGAUACUACGAUUAAAUCAAAAUCUAAAACUUAUAUUAUUCCAGCUGUAUCCUUCUUAUUAGGUGCUAUUAUUGUACUUAUUCCUUGUGUCAUUGUUAUUUCAAGUAAAUCAAAAGAUCGUUCGAGUUCAUCAGAAUCUUCAAUAUGGAAUGCUAAUGAUUAUCAAUCAAAUAGUGAUUAUUAUGAUAAAUUAACAAUGAAAUAUAAUUUUAGUCAAACACAUAAUCUUCGUUUGGAUCGUCUUUCUUCACCGCGUUUUCAUCCAAUACAUGGAAAAAGUGUUAUUUAUUUAAGAAAACAAUAUCAUAUGCCUGAUUUAAAUGGAUCAUCAACAACAUUACAUUGGGUUGAUUUAGAAACAAAUAAAACAAUUCAAUUAACUCGACCUAUAUGGGGUAUCCAUGAUCAGCAAUUUUAUUGGAUUGAUAAUAAUAUAAUACUUUUUCUUUCGAAUCGAGCAUCAUCUAGUCUUACACAAUUAUUUCAAUUAACUUUACCCGAUGAAAUAAAAGAUAUAAAUGAUUUUAUUGAACCAAUUCAAAUAACAUUUUAUCCAUUAAAUAUUGAUAAUUUAUUAGUUAAUCGUCAAAGUACACGUCUUGCAUUUAGUUGUCAAGUUUAUGUAAAUUUAUCUAUUGAAGAAACAUUUAAUCAAGAAAAAUCUAAACAAUCUAGUGGAAGUUUAGUUUAUAAAUUUAAUAAAUUAUUUAUUCGACAUUGGGAUGAAUAUAUGCUUGGUCGACGUAAUCAUCCAUUUAUUGUUUCAAUUGCAAGAAAUUCUAAAGGAAUAUAUUAUUUUUCAUCUAUACCAAAAGAUAUUCUUUUCAAUAUUGAUAGUGAUUCACCAACAAAACCUUUUGGUGAUGGAAAAACUCAAUGGUCAUUUAGUUCAACAGGAAAUUUAUUUGCUUAUACAAGACAACAUGAUGAAACAAGUGAAGUGGCUUGGACAGCUAAUUCAGACAUAUAUACUGUUGAUUUAACUUUAUCAAAUUUAAUUAGUGUAUGUAUAACAUGUGAAAACUUAGGUGCAGAUACAGAUCCAAGUUAUUCACCAAUUGAUGAUCAAAUUUUAAUUUAUCGAUCACAAUCAAUACCUACUUAUGAAGCUGACCAAUUUAAAAUCAAUUUAAUUAAUGGUUCUAAUUCUAAAAUAACACUUCUUAAUAAUUGGGAUCGUAGUAUUCAAGUUCUAACAUGGUCAAAUGAUGGUCAAUCACUUUAUCUUGAAUUGGGUGAAGAAGCAAAUGAGGUUAUUUAUAAAGUAUCUAAUUUAGGAUUUCCUAAUCCAUCUAUUAUUCGACUUUUAAAUAAUGGUACAUCAAGUAAUAUUAAUAUUCAUCCAAUAGAUAAUAAUAUUUUUUUAUUUACCUAUGAAAAUAUUCUUCAACCAUCUAAUAUUUAUUUAUAUUUAUCAUCAACAUCAAUUCAAUCGAUAACAAAUCAUAAUAAAAAUUUAUUAUCCAAAAUUCGAAUGAGUUCUUCAUUUGAAAAAUUUUCAUUUAUUGGUGCAAAUAAUGAAACAGUAUGGGCAUGGCAUAUUCCACCUAUAAACGGAACAAAUCAAAAAGCUCCACUUGCUUUUCUUAUUCAUGGUGGUCCACAAAAUAGUUGGUAUAAUUCAUGGAGUUAUCGAUGGAAUUUUCAGGCAUUUUCAUCACAAGGUUAUGCUGUUAUUGCAAUUAAUUUUCAUGGAUCUGAUUCAUAUGGACAAAAUUUUACUAAUAGUGUUAAACAACAAUAUGGAACAUUACCUUAUGAAGAUUUACAAUUAGGAUUAAAUGCUACUUUAAAUCAAUAUAAUUAUAUUGAUGGAAAUCGAGCUAUUGCAUUAGGUGCUAGUUAUGGAGGUUAUAUGAUUAAUUGGAUAGCUGGACAUACACAAAUGAAUCAACGUUUUAAAGCAUUUGUUAAUCAUCAUGGAAUAUUUGAUAUGAGACAAAUGACUUAUUCAACAGAUGAAUUAUGGUUUAUUGAAUAUGAUGCUGGUGGAUUUACUCAAUAUAAUAAUCCUCAAGCAUUUGAAAUAUUUAAUCCAAUUAAUUAUGUUGCUAAUUGGACUCAACCAAUGUUAGUUAUUCAUGGAGGUUAUGAUUAUCGUGUACCAAAUACUCAAGGUAUUAGUACAUUUACAGCAUUACAACGACGUGGUAUUCCAAGUAGAUUACUUUAUUUUCCAACGGAAAAUCAUUGGGUACUUAAUCCAUUUAAUUCAAUAAUUUGGUAUCAAGAAGUUCUUGACUGGAUGAAUCAAUGGACAAAAUAA